AUGUGGCUCCUACACACUCGCGACCUCGUCCUCCACAAAUUCGAACGGCCCCCCGUACAGUACGCCAUCCUCUCCCACGUCUGGCGCAAGAGCGAACAAUCCUUCCAGGACAUCUCCACAGCGAAGAAACAAGCCCGCCUCUCUCCCAAGAUAGAGCAGUCUUGUCGCCACGCUCGCCUUGACGGUUUUGCCUGGAUCUGGAUCGACACCUGCUGCAUCGAUAAGACCAACUCUGUUGAGCUCUCGGAGGCAAUCAACUCCAUGUACCGCUGGUACGCGGGCGCGGCAGUUUGCUAUGCGUACCUCCAUGAUGUCGAUCCCUUCGAAAACCCAGGAGCACCGGGGUCGACCUUCCGUCUCAGCAUCUGGUUUACCCGCGGAUGGACGCUGCAAGAGCUUGUUGCCCCCAAGGAGAUGGUCUUCUUCGCCCGCGACUGGACGAUGCUGGGAACGAAGGGAUUCAUGGUGGACCUACUACAACAGAUCACGAACGUCGAUGUCGACGUCCUCCUCCACCAGAAGAGCCUCGUCUCCGUCCCUGCCGCGAAACGCAUGUCGUGGGCGGCGAAGCGCCAGACGAGUCGAUGCGAAGAUGAGGCAUACUCGCUCAUGGGCAUCUUCGACAUCCACAUGCCGACCAUCUACGGAGAAGGCUCCCGUUCCUUUCGGAGACUACAAGAGGAAAUCAUGCGCAGUGCGCUCGACCACUCGCUAUUCGUCUGGGGCACCUUCACCACCAUCGAAUCCUCCGUCUUUUCCGAAUCCUCCGUGGCAGACAGUAGGACGGACGUUCUCUCUUCAGAUCCAGAACAGGGCGACUUAUGGGAAAGUCCCUACGAUAGGAUGGACGCCUCGUUGUUCAAUCUUCUUCCCCUUUCCCCUAGUGCGUUCGGCAACUGGGAUUCUGGGGGCACCCCGGGACCUGGUCAUCCAACCGCGUUACAGCAUAGGCGCUUCAAGGAGGUGUUGUCCAGAUUCGGAACGGGAAAAGACGCGGAGACAGACGUGAGCAUGACCGGAAGUGAUUGUUUUAUGUUGCAUCCGCUGACAAGAUAUUCUCAGAUUUCUUCGGUCCCUGAAUUCACGCUUACGAGCAACGGGAUACGAGCCCACAUUCCCAUACUGCCUCUCUCCAUCGAUCUUGUCGACCCCAAAGCAAGGCAUCUUGACCUCGAGUACUACGUGGCGCUCUUGGCCUGCAGACUCCCGCAGCGAAACUCUAUGGUAAUCGGUCUCGUUCUGCGCCGGUGGAAAACCUCAUACUUGUAUCGCGUGGGAGCAGUACUUUCAGACGUCGGGUUCGCGCGCUACGUUUCCAUCACUCCAGGUCCUCCCCAAGGGACCGAUUCCAUCGCGAACCAGAGCCUCGAUUGUCGCUGGACCGAUAUAUACAUCGCUCAAGGACAGCUUUCCGAGAGCCGGCCUGCCCUUCCGAAGCCACCCAGGGCCGCACAAACAAGAGAAGACGCACGGCAGCUUGUCGUUAUCCCGCGCUGGGUCCUUGUUGCUCUUGCUAGCGCCGGCUUCACUCCCAUACAUCCUCCCCCAGAAGCAGGGCCGUCGCUCGCGCGCCUGGUGAGCCAUGUGCAGCUUCAUACAUACGCCUUCGCGCAAACGCACUCGUCCCACGAGUUCCGCAUCCACGUCGGGCGGUGCUCGUCAGGGCUCUGGAUCAACACCGAGUUCGUCGAUGGCUGUGCGGGCCGUUCGCUCCCCGUUGACCCAUUCUGCGCCGACGUCGAAGACAGCACACGCCCCGUCUACCUCAUCGACCACCUGUGCAACGCUUCUCCCCACGCGCACGUCUGCGACUGGGACCACGCGGACGCGUCCGUGCAUCCGGCCGCAGAGGAGGACGAUGCUUCCUCGAACGCACACUCGGACCUCCCCUCCAGGACUCCACACGCAGCCAGCCUCGACUCCACGGGCCUGCGCUGGACGCGUCGCCGCACGUUCUCCGCGCAUGGGUGGCACGUGCACGUGCGCGUCGUCGACAGCGCCAUCCUGCGCGGCCACGGCACGGGCGGCACGCUCUGGGUGCUUGGUGUCGAGGUCACGGACGCGUGGCUGCCACAUGUGCGCACACUGUCCGACACGGAGGGGCGCCGCGUUCCACCGCUUUUGCCACCUGAGUCGUCGCCGGCGAAACAAGUCGUAGCCGACCCAGAGCGACCGCGAAAGCGGUGGUUCUCCGGCGUUGUGUCGCUCACCCAGGAUGUCCAGACGCUGUGGAAACGAUGA